GUCCUUCCGGCGGUGUCGGCCCUAUUUCCCGUGCUGCACCGCGGCCUUUCUCUUUCUCUUCCGGUCGCAGGCGCUUCUGGAGCCGCCGAUUACCGUCCAGCCAUGGCCAAGUCCAAGAACCACACCACACACAACCAGUCCAGGAAAUGGCACAGAAACGGCAUCAAGAAACCCCGGUCACAAAGAUACGAAUCUCUCAAGGGGGUUGAUCCCAAGUUCCUGAGGAACAUGCGCUUUGCCAAGAAGCACAACAAGAAAGGCCUGAAGAAGAUGCAGGCAAAUAAUGCAAAGGCCAUGAGUGCACGUGCGGAGGCCAUCAAGGCCCUGGUGAAGCCCCAGGUGGUGAAGCCCAAGGUGCCAAAGGGCCCCAGCCGCAAACUCACCCGUCUGGCUUUAAUUGCUCACCCCAAGCUUGGGAAGCGGAUUAGAAGCUACAUGGCCAGGGGUCGUAGGCUCCAAAAAACAAAGCCCAAGGUUCAAGCCAAGGCAGAGGCCUCAGCUGCAGCUCAGGCUCCCAAAGGUGCCCAGGCCCCUGUGAAGGCCCCAUAAAAAAGGUUGCAGUCUGCCAAUGUGAAGACAGAUGGACUGGUGUGAACACCUACACAGUAUUUGCAGAUGUUCAGG